AUGGCCAGGGAGCAAAGUCAGCUCCUACGUGAGGCCUUCAGCCAUUCUGUGAUGCUCCACGGGCUGCUCUGGGCCCACGCCCAGAGAGAGCAGAGAAAGAACAACUCUGCUCCUGGAAGACCCAGAACGCGCUCCUUUGCACCACAGAAUUUUGUGUUUCAGCCCUUAGAAGGACUAACAGCCUACAAAGUUACACCCAUGACUCCAUCUAGGGCAAAUGCAUUUUUGUCACCUGAUGCCUUCUGGGAUUUCUCCAAAUCUCCAGUUAAUACAGUUGAAAAAUCCAGUGAAACUAAGGUACAGGAGCCUAAUUUAAGAAGUCAGAUUUCACCUUCUGAUCAAGACAUUCAAGAACAGCAAGUGACUACAAGUUUGCAAGGAGAAGCACACGAAUCAGAUAAGGAGGCUUCCAUUCAGAGAUCCAACGAAACAAUUCCUGUAUCUACAGAAAUGGCAGUGACAGAAACAAAGUCGGGUGAUAUAAGAGAGCAAGAGCAUGAUGUGCCCUAUUUCAGAAACAUUCUACAGUCUGAGACAGAAAGACUGAUGUCUCAGUGCCUUCAGUGGGAUGGAAAACUUGAGCUGGACAUUCCAGAGGAUGCUAAAGAUCUCAUUCGCACAGCAGUUGGUCAGACAAGACUGCUUGUAGCAGAAAGGUUUAAACAGUUUGAAGGACUGGUGGAUAACUGUGAAUUCAAGCGGGGUGAAAAGGAAACGACGUGUACAGACUUGGAUGGAUUUUGGGAUAUGAUUAAUUUUCAGAUUGAAGAUGUGAAUAAGAAAUUUGAUAAUCUGCAGAAGCUUCAAGAUAACAAAUGGCAACCAGUUGCUGUACCAGGCAAAGAAGCUGUCAAGAAGCAGACUGUUCCAAAUAUGGUCUGUAAACCAAAGCUGGGAGCAGCUGGAAGGACUGCUGCCCGAAAGAGGCUUGCUGCUGUGAAAGCUGCUAUGAGGGAUAAAAUGAAGCAGGAUGGAGUUGCUGAUAGUGCGUAUCAGGAUAAGCAACCGGAAGUAGAAAAAGUGGUUUUUGAAGCAGGAUUUUUCAGAAUUGAAAGCCCUGUAAAAAGCUUUCCAGGUUCACUUUCAAAGACGCCUCGCAGAUCAGGGCAGCAGACUUGGGAAGGUCUGACAGCUCCAAGAUCAUCCAGGAGAGCUUUGCUGCAGGGCAGCUCUGUGCCUUGUAACCCUGAGGAUACAACUGCAAAACAAACGACGCCACUGCUCGAAGGCUGCCACCCAGCACAGCGUUUGGAAGUGCACCCAUGUCCCACUGAAACAACUCUCCCUGGUGGUUUUCUUGAACAAAGCAUUUCCCCAGCUGCAGAAGAACACAAUCCUGUUGCUGGCGCAGCAGAGGGCACCUGGGUGCUGGAAAACUGUAGCAGUGAAUUAAAAGCAGUGGAUGACAUGGAAGAGAUGGAACUGUCUGCUCCAGAGCAACAGGGCCAAGAUCCCACCAUGUGCAGCCCAGAGAAGGACAUUUUCUUGAGAGAUUUGGCUUCCAUUGACAGAAAUCCUUCAGAUACACCCAUGCUGGAUGCUGAGCUUCCCUUCACUCCAGUCAAGAACAACGUCCAGAAGUUCACAGCAGCUGAAAGGUUCAGUGACCUGAUUGUAUUUUCUCCUCUUUCUCCCUCUGGAGAAAAAUGAAUGACUGGAAAUUUGAAAUGAAUAAAUUCUAUUCAGUAGAAAACAGAAGCUGUCUGGAACACCAUCUGCAACCCCUGAGCUGUGUUCUUUGUGACACCUGUGCUAUUUUUGAGUGGAACUUGGUAGAAAACUUGGUAACAUUUCUGCUGUGAGCAGUGGUGCAGUCACUGCACUGUGCAUAUUGCUGUGCAGUUUGCUGGCUUUACCUCCUGCAUCCAAUGAAAUAUUCUGAAAUAUUCUUAUUUGUUUAUAAUUUCAUGUAUUUCUUGUCUCAGAGUUAUAAAACUGUCCACCUUAAUUCUCUUCUGUCUUGGCUUUAAUUACUUUGUGAGUUGUUUUUAUGAGAUGGGAUAUGGGUUGUGUAACAGACAUGUUCCAUUAGCUGCUCCUAUCUCCAUUUGUGAUGAGGGCACCUCCAGAGGUGCCUGUUAUCUACCCCAAAGCACUGUUUUGUAUUCAGUGCUGUUGCAGCCUUUAGCUCCAGUACUCUGUGCAUUAACUGCACCUAAUCAGCAGAUGGGAUGAGGUUAGAUUCUUUCCUUUCCUGUGGGAUUUUUCCUAUUGCCUAACAAUCACUUGCUUGAAUUUCUGCUGUUAACGAAGCAUUUCAAAACCAGAUAAUAUCUAUUCCUUACAGUGUGUUAAUAGGGAUGGAUUUUUGAAGAUGCUCAGUGCUGAGCUGUGUCAUUAAGUACCUUCAAGCUAAAUUCCAUUUUCUUUUUCAUCUGGCAGUCCCUUAACCACUCUCCUUGAACGUUUGGCUGUUAACCUCAGCUUCCUCUUGCAUCUUUCUCUCAUCUGGACUAAUCUAUUUAAGCACAAGGAGUGUGCCAGUUCCUGCUACUCCAACAUGGAGUUUAUAUGUAGUAGAAUACCUCCAGUUCUUAUAUUUUUAAGAGGUGCCUGAUCAGCCUGCUUCUUGUGAUGCUGUUCCUUGUGUGCUGCACACAUUCUUCCACUGGCCUUUAUUGUCAGCUGAGCAAAUGCCACACAAACCCUUCAGCAGAAGGCAUUGUUGUUACAUCUGGGGCUUUGUUGUUUGACUGCAGUUCUGACUUGGAAGUUGUGUACUGAUAGCACUGAAAUAAAUGGAGGAAGCUGACCUGACCCAG